ACUGAUUGUUUAUUUUCAAAAUUUACUAUAGUUACCUAUUACCUAGAAAUCUAUAUUAUUCCUAUAAAAUUACUAGAAAAAUCUCGAAUAUAAUAAAGAGAAGGACUUGGCGACGGGAUUAUAUUUUUUAAAAUAAAAUCUUUAAGUAAUUUUGUUCAUAAGUACUGUAUUUAUUCCACUGUUAGAACUAUACGCUAGAAAAGAACACUAUUUGCUUUGAGUGGUGUGUGAAAAUAUAACCUACAAUACAGUAAAGUAAUAAUUACAGGAAAAUAAGUGAGUUUACAUAGAAACAAACCACGAACACGGAAAGACCAUCUGAAAUCUAACUUUAAUAACCUUUUAGCAGAGUAUAAUAUUUACGAUACAAUGACAUCAGAAAUAAUAGCUACACCUCCUUCAGUUUCCUGGGCACAAAGAAGCUCUCAAAUUUUACUAACAUUUAAUGUAGAAUGUCAAAAACCAGAAAUUAACAUUGAAAAGAAAAUUGUGUCCUUUAAAGGUAUUUGUGCACCAGAUCAUAAAUUACAUAAGGUGGAAAUACAGUUAUAUGGUGAAGUAAAUCCAGAUAAAAGUACAUAUGAUAACAAAGGCAGAUACAUUGACCUAACACUAGUAAAGGAAAAAGUAGAUGAACCUUUCUGGCCUACAUUAACAAGCGAUAAAAAGAAACAUCAUUGGCUGAAAGUUGAUUUUAACCGCUGGCAGGAUGAAGAUGACAGCAGUGAGGAGAUUGAUGAUAUGAAUGAUAUGUUUUCAAGUAAGCUAGGUGACUUUGGUGAUGAAAAUGAAACAGAAGACACCAGUUCUGUGGAAGACGAAGAUCUUCCAGAUGUAAAGUAAUAUGUCUAUGGUAUAGCUGCCAUUUUUACCAAAUAGCAAUCAUAGGUCAGCCACUUUAGGAACUCAAUUAGUGUUUAUACAGAAUAGUAAAUUGAUGAUUUUAUACUGAAUAAUUUCUAACUUGGUAUUAGCGGUACUUGUUUAUUAUGAAGAUAUUCAUUCCAAGUGUGCUAAAAUUUCCAAU